CUCCCGCCUGCCCGGGGCGGGGGCACGGAGCUCCCACCCUCGGCAACGGCGGCCCCGGCGCCAGCUGCGCGCCCGCGCAGGUGGGGCUCGGCUCGGCGGAACUUUGCUUCGGGGCACUGCGCGGUGCGGAGCACGACACGAAGUUAGCUGGGGGUGACCCUUACCGUGCCCGGUUCUUUGCCGCCGCCGCCACCUCCCACCCUCCGCAGCACUCCUCCCGCUUUGUUCCCGGGAGGAUGCGACGCGCCUAACCCCGGCCCAGGCGGUGGGGCCGCGGCGGGGGCAGGGGCAGCCGGAAAACUCCGCGCCGCCCCUCUUCUUCCUCCUCCUCCUUCCUCCUCCUGCAAACCCCGGCGCGGAGCGAUGCUUCCCCGGGCGGCGGGCGGCGAUGGAGCGCGGCCGUAGCGCGCUGGAGCCGCGGUGCGGAGCAGCCGCGCGCUGCCCCUGAGCGAGCAGCAGCAGGAGGAGGAGGAGGAAGAGGAAGGCCGGCGGCCAUGGAGGAGUGGAGGCAGUGCGGGCGCUGGCUGAUCGACUGCAAAGUUUUGCCCCCCAACCACCGGGUGGUCUGGCCCUCGGCGGUGGUCUUCGACCUGGCGCAGGCGUUGCGGGACGGGGUGCUGCUGUGCCAGCUGCUCCACAACCUGUCCCCCGGCUCCAUCGACCUCAAGGACAUCAACUUCAGGCCGCAGAUGUCCCAGUUUCUCUGCCUGAAGAACAUCAGGACCUUCCUCAAAGUGUGCCACGACAAGUUUGGGCUAAGGAGCAGUGACCUGUUUGAUCCCUUUGACCUCUUUGACGUGCGGGACUUUGGGAAGGUGAUCUCUGCAGUAUCCAGACUCUCCUUCCACAGUAUUGCCCAAACCAAAGGAAUCAGGCCCUUCCCAUCAGAGGAGACCACAGAAAAUGAUGAUGAUGUGUACAGGAGCCUGGAGGAGCUGGCAGACGAGCAUGACCUGGGGGAGGACAUUUACGACUGCGUCCCCUGUGAGGAUGAAGGUGAUGACAUCUAUGAAGAUAUCAUCAGAGUGGAAGUUCAGCAGCCCAUGAUCAGAUACAUGCAGAAAAUGGGAAUGACAGAAGAUGACAAAAGAAACUGCUGCUUGCUGGAGAUCCAAGAGACAGAGGCCAAAUACUACAAGACACUUGAAGACAUAGAGAAGAACUACAUGAACCCCCUGCGCCUGGUGCUGACUCCCCAGGACAUGGAAGCUAUCUUCAUCAAUCUGGAGGACCUAAUUAAAGUGCACUUCAGUUUCCUGAGAGCCAUCGAUGUCUCCAUGAUGUCUGGAGGAAGCAGCCUGGCAAAGGUGUUUCUGGAAUUCAAAGAGAGGCUGCUGAUCUAUGGCAAGUACUGCAGCCACAUGGAGUAUGCCCAGAACACACUCAACCACCUCCUCGCCAACCGGGAGGACGUCAGGCAGAAGGUGGAGGAAUGCACCCUGAAGGUCCAGGAGGGGAAAUUCAAGCUGCAAGAUCUGUUGGUGGUUCCCAUGCAGAGAGUCUUGAAGUACCACCUGCUGUUAAAAGAGCUGCUCAGCCACUCCUCAGAGCGACCAGAGAAGCAGCAGCUGAAGGAGGCUCUGGAAGCGAUGCAGGACUUGGCCAUGUACAUCAAUGAAGUGAAGAGGGACAAAGAGACCCUGAAGAAAAUCAGUGAGUUUCAGAGCUCCAUAGAGAAUCUGCAAGUGAAGCUGGAGGAGUUCGGGAGGCCGAAGAUCGACGGCGAGCUGAAGGUCCGCUCCAUAGUCAACCACACCAAGCAGGACAGGUAUUUGUUUUUGUUUGAUAAAGUGGUGAUUGUCUGCAAAAGGAAAGGCUACAGCUAUGAGCUGAAGGAGAUCAUUGAGCUGCUCUUCCACAAGAUGACCGACGACCCCAUGAACAACAAGGACAUCAAGAAGUCUCAUGGGAAGAUGUGGUCCUAUGGCUUCUACCUGAUUCACCUUCAGGGCAAGCAGGGCUUCCAGUUCUUCUGCAAGACAGAGGAGAUGAAGAGGAAAUGGAUGGAGCAGUUUGAAAUGGCAAUGUCCAACAUCAAACCAGAGAAAGCCAAUGCAAACCAUCACAACUUUCAGAUGUACACCUUUGAGAAGACUACCAACUGCAAAGCCUGCAGGAUGUUCCUGAGAGGAACCUUCUACCAGGGCUACCUUUGCCCCAAGUGUGGAGCAGGUGCUCAUAAGGAGUGCUUGGAGAUCAUUCCUCCCUGCAAGAUGGGUUCUUCAGCAGACCAGGAUUCCCUGGGUGCUGGACCUGGGCCCAAGAUGGUGGCUGUGCAGAACUACCAUGGGAACCCAGCCCCCCCCGGGAAGCCAGUGCUGACCUUUCAAAUGGGGGACGUGAUCGAGCUGCUGAGGGGGGACCCUGACUCCCCGUGGUGGGAGGGCAGGCUGCUGCAGACCAAGAAGUCAGGUUACUUCCCCAGCAACUCAGUGAAGCCCUGCCCAGUGGAUGCAAGGCCCCCCAACAGCCGUCCACCCUCACGGGAGAUCGACUACACAGCCUACCCAUGGUUUGCAGGGAACAUGGAGAGGCAGCAGACAGACAACCUGCUCAAGUCUCACGUCAGUGGCACCUACCUGAUCAGGGAGCGCCCAGCCGAGGCCGAGCGCUUUGCCAUCAGCAUUAAGUUCAACGAGGAGGUGAAGCACAUCAAGGUAGUGGAGAAGGACAACUGGAUCCACAUCACGGAAGCCAAGAAGUUUGAAAGCUUGCUGGAGCUGGUUGAGUACUACCAGAGCCAUUCACUGAAGGAGAGCUUCAAGCAGCUGGACACCACCCUCAAGUACCCCUACAAGUCCCGAGAGCGCUCCACCUCCAGGACCUUCACCCGCUCCCCAGUCCUCAGGGCCUCAACUUUUCUUCUCAGAGCUCCUCCAGUCCCUUCUGGUCAGUGUUCACCCCGCGGGUGGUGGGGACGGCGGUGGCUCGGUACAACUUCGCGGCGCGGGACAUGCGGGAGCUGUCGCUGCGGGAAGGAGACGUGGUCAAGAUCUACAGCAGGAUUGGUGGGGACCAGGGAUGGUGGAAAGGGGAGACCAACGGCAGAGUCGGUUGGUUCCCCUCGACGUACGUGGAGGAGGAAGGAGUGCAGUGAGCGAGGGAUGUCUGAUGGAAAGGUCAUCAAGUGCCCAGAGCAAGCCACUGCAGACCCUGCACACUCGUCCCCAUGCCCACAGCUGCUGCUGAGCCAUGGCUGGACACCUCCAGGACUGCUCCUGCAGCCUCUUUAGCAACCUGUCCCUCUGUACAGUGUGUGUGUGCCGGGGCCAGCGCCGGCCUGGCCCCUGCUGCCCGUGCAGGAGGUCGAUGCUCUGCUGGCUCACGGUGGUGUGGCAGCUGCAGAAGGUCCCAGGAAAGCCACAUCCUCCUGCAUGGACAGAGCUGAGAGACUCUGUGCGGUGCCCACCAGAGGAUGGGGGGGGCUUCCAAACCCCUUCUAGCAAAGGUAGAUGGUGGUGGAAGGGUGAGGCUGAAGGUUGGUACCUGGGUGUGCCACGGUGAGAAUUUGGAGUGGGGGGGGGGUUCAGAAGGGAGGGAGUGACUUGGCCCUGAGGAGAUGAGGUGGACUUCCUGCCGUGCUGCUCCCCUGGGCUCCUCCAGACUGGGAUUCUGACAGCCUCCGUGGAUGCAACUGGGAUGAGAAGGGAGAGUGGGGAUGCCCAGCCCAGGAGGAGGAGGAAAGGGCUGUUGCUCGUCUCUGGAAGAUGCCAGCUGUGACACCAGGAGCAUGAAAGACUGGAAGUGGAUCUCCAGGUCAGACAGGAGAGGAAAGAGCCACUUUGGAAUCCCAAGGCCAUUUCCUUCACACACCUCCCACCUCAGUGCCACCAGCCUGGCUGCAGGCAGAGCAGGCAGCCCGGGGGGCAGUCUGGUCCCACUGGUGUCAGCACACUGCAAGACUGGAGAUGCACUUUGCCACACGAGGGCUUUGGAGGCCACCAAGGCACCAGGUACAUGCAGAGGAGUGGCCAGGAGGGUGCAUCCAUGGGUCUGCGGUGCCCUCACUGCCUGCUUGGCACCCUGAGCCAGGCUGCCUCCUCCUGCAGCUGUGACACAAGUCCCACCCCGCUGAGCUCGGGGGUGGGGGGAUGCACCCACCUGAGGAAGGGCUACACCACAGACUCCUCACUUCUCUCACCGAGCUGUGAAAGCUUCCAACUCUCCAUCCUCAGCUGUCUGCACUUUGAGGGGGGGCUGCCAGCAUUGCCCCCUCCUCCCCCUCCCACAGCCUGUUACUGCUGCUGUCAAGGUCCGUCUGUCCUGGCAUUGCCACCGUGUCCUGAGCACCUUCCAUCCCAGUCUGUCCUUGCCCACAGUUGGUGGGCAGAGCUGCUGCUGAGUGGAGACCCCAACCAUCAUCUUCUGCCAGGCACUGGCUUCGCCCUCCAGCUCCACACUUUCCUUCCAGAGUGCAAAUACAAAGAAAGAUGUGUGGCAGGGAACAGCCUCCCAAGACCUGAGCCUCCAGGAGAUGCCCUCCAGCCUCUCUCUAAUAAAGUGGCAUUUUGAGCUGCUUC